CGAGCCGGGCCCGGCGCAGAACGCGGGCGGGCACGCGCGCGCUCCUCCUCCUUCUCCCUUGCACGCGGGCACGCAGGUGCCGGGCCGCCCCGCUCCGCUCCGCUCCCCGCCUCCGGGCCGGCCCCCGGCGGGAUCUCGGCGCGUCUGCGGGAGGAGCUGGGGCCCGCCGCGGCGGCUGGGACAGAGGAGCCGCCGCCGCCCCGACCCACGUGAGGAGCCGAGACGGGCCAUCAGCAGCAGGAGCCAGGGAGCCUCCCUGCAGCGGCUGGCACCGGGAGCUCCGGCCGGCAGGAGGAGCCCCUCUGCUCUCGGGGCGAUUGCUGCCCCGCUGCUCCCAGCGCUCGCCGCCUGCGCCCGGGGCUGUCGUGCUCCCCCCUUCUCCUUCUCCUUCCCCUUGUGAGACUCGCCCUCCCCGCCCCUGCGCCGGGCAGCUGCCCCGGUUAUCUUGGGGGGGCGGGGGGCGCUGCAGCCCCCGCCCCAUGCACGUGAGCCCUGCGGGGUGGAUGUGCCGAGGAGGAGCCGCCGGGUCAGCCCAGCCCUGGCUUUCGGGGGAUGCCCAGCGGGGCAGCGAUGACUUGAGGCUGCGCUUUGCCAUGGAUGGGAUGACAUGCUUCAUGGUUGCUUUGGUGACGCUGGUGUGCUGGUGCCCGGGUCAGCCUGGGUGCACCGCCCGCCGCCCGGCCCUGCGAACGGGUCUCCCGGUGCUGCUGUCUCUGCUGCUGUCCGUGCCGGGCUUCCUUCCGAUGGCAGAUGGUUUAUCCUUGGAGCAGCAAAAUCUUUCCUUAGUCUCAGUGGGAUCUGAACUACAUCAAAGUACAGUGAGCAGCAUGACACACAAGGCCUUAACUCAAAGCACAGUAGAACCCCAGGAAAAUAAUUUUCUUCAUGUGGUUUUGUCAUCACUUACCACUCCCUUUGAUAUGACUUUAUUUGACCAAGAUAGAAUGAAGAGAAGUGAAGAAGGAAGAACUAUGCCAGUAGGAGAUGCCACAGUAACUAGCAAUGAAGCAUUUUUAAGUGACCAUGGAUUGAUGAGCUCCUUUCUGAAUGAACAGUGGACUCCUUCACUAAAGUCUAUUACAGUGGAGUAUAGUUCAGUAGAGCCACCAAGAGAAACCUUAGAAACUGUGUUGCUAACACCUUCAUUAUCUGUCCUUUUGUUGCCAUAUGAUGAAAUGAAAGCACAACAAAUGACAACAUCACGUGCUGCCUCUGGCCACAGUCGUGCUUUCACACAAUUGAAGCCUUUUGCUCCAGAUGGUAUAAUUCCGACUACAAGCAGAGACUUGCUAUUGGACCCUGCAAAUACAGAUAUUUAUUUAAGUUCCACUACAUCAGAGGUGGUGGUUGGACUGGUGGAAAAUGUAGAUGGAAGCUAUGCAUCUAGUUCAGACUCCUCACUGUUUUUGCCUUUUGAUACUACUUCAAAAGGAUCCUCUGUUCUUAUGAGACAACUGAAUGAGGAUAGCCAAAUUACACCAGAUGCUUUGGCAAAAAGUACUGAUCAAUACACUGAAGCUUACCCUGAUGUGAAUAGCGAUGCAACAGAAACUUUGGAUCUAAGGACCUAUUCUGUUGCAAACAUUUCUACGGCAGCACCUGUUUUGGUAACUGGCAUGGAGCCUGCUUUGUUUUCAGUUAGUCUUCCAUAUGUGUCUUUCCCAGUUCACUUAGCUGCUGGAUCCACUGACUCUAAUACUUUUGUUACUGAUGACUUGUUUACACAUGUAUUUUCCCAUAAAUCCUCCAGUACAACACCAAAUUUGCCUGGCAAUUUAGAAAUACCAAGUCAAGUUGAGCUCUUCAGUGAGUUCAUAAGCCCAGUGCCUUUCACUAGACCAUAUGCUUCAUGUUCGAACUGUGGCUUUGCCUCAGUUCCACCGGAACAAGGCUUUUCAGCAGGACACACAGAACAUGAUGUGGGUUCGGGUGAUUAUAUUGAAACAUUGUCAUUCACAGCCUCUGAGGAAAAAGGCAUUACUCCACGUACAACUGUAGUUACUGACUUGUAUGAACUGGAGGAGUCAACUCCUGAAAUCUUUGAUACUACUUUUCCAUCAAGACCUAUUGUUUCAUUUUCUUCAAGACUUAUAGAAGUCUCUGAGUCAAACUUGUCUUUUUCAAACAGUGUGGACGUUGGUCUUAACAUAACGAGUACAACAAUAUUUCCUUCCUACAGACAGCCCUCUGAGGGAAUAUCAUUGGAUAUCACUUCUGUUCAAUUCUCCUUCCCUAUUACUGAAACUGUUACUUUAACAUCUGGUGUUAAAGCAAAACCUUCUAUUAUCACCAGCGUUCUCCUUGAAUCCAUGUUUACCACAAGUGAGAAUGUACCAUCAGUUACAAUCAAACAUACAGGCCUGCUGGAAUCACCUGAAUUUAUGCCCUCAGAAUCUGUACUUUUGCUUGACAAAACACCUGCAAGUGUUUCAACAGACAAAUCAUCUGUAAAUAUUUCAGAUUUUUCAUCCAACCUUUUAUCAACACCAUUUCUCUCUGAAACUAGUAGCUGGUCAUCUUUAUCAUCUGCUGUAUCGACCUUUUAUUCAAGAAUGCCAAGUGAUUUAUCAACACUAUUACCUCAGGUCUUCCCUACACUGCUGGGGACAUCAGUAGUUUUUGAUGAUUCCUCUAGUUGGGAUUCAACUGAGUUUGCUGCCAUUGACAGCACAAGCAUAGACGUUUCUCCCUGGCAGACUUCAUACCUUUAUUCAAAUACAUUUUCUGUUCCAAACACACACAAUCCUGAAGUGAUAUCAUCAAGUUUUUACUCUUACUCUUCCAUGUUACUAGAAGGAACAUCAGUCUUGCUAAUGGGUUCUGAAGUUUCGUUUACCUCAAUUUUCGCAGAAGCUACCUCUCAGUUAGAGUCUUCACUCUUCUCCCUUGAAUCAGCAGUUCCUACACUGGUGCUGUCCAUUUCUGACUCAGAAUCUAUUCUCACCAGCAAUAUCUUGGUUGAUGAAACACACUUGACCUCAUGGUUUACCACAUUUCAGACAACUCCUGUCUUAAGUGUAUCUUCGUCCCUUCUCUCAACUUUAACAGCUUCAGAUGAGGAUACUGGUGCUACUGCUAACCACACGUUACUUUUAACAUCUCUUUCCAAGGCAACUGCUAGUACAGCACAUGUUAUAACAAAUCCAUAUACACUGUUGUUGCACACAGAUGUGAACAGCAUUACAGCUUCACCUACAGAGUCCAUUUCUGUGGUCGCAUCAUUUGUACCUACACAGCUGCCUCCCUCCAUAAACACUUCCACUGAAUUUGGCACACAAACAAAAACUAGUGUAACUGAACUUACCAAGAGAACAAGUGCUACUAGUUCCACUACUACCACCAUUAGUAGUAUAGUUGACCAUCGUACAACUACUGAGAGCAACUCAAGUACUUCCUCAUCCCCUUCUACUGCUGUAGUGGCCACGACUCCAUCUGAAGCUAUAAUUAUGACCUCUGCCAUGACCACAACCCGACAACCAUAUGUUUGUGACAUCACGGUUCCCGAUACUUACUUAGUCAUGGCUGUGCUGGCCCGCAAAGCUGUGCUAGAAAAUGUCAGUAAUUCCAUCAAAGAAGUGCUGAGAGUUCAGUUCAGGCGAUCAGUAGAACUGGAGGUUUAUAAAAUUUCCCCAAAAUUCUCGUUCUUGGUGACAUCGGGUCCUUUUGUUUACACAGCAAUAGCUGUCAUAAAUGUGCUUAUGAACAGCAGCCUUCUACGUGGUCAGGCCCCUGUCAUCCUGUCACUGCAGCCUUCUUUCACCAUGCCAGAUCCCAGGUUCCAAGUUCACACAGUGCUUCAGUUUGUGCCUCAAAACGUUGAUACUGGCUUCUGUAACUUCAGCCAGCGCAUUGAAAAAGGGCUGACAAUGGCAUUCAUGGAGGUGAGAAAACAUCACCAGGAUAUCUUCAACUUCACAGUGCAGAUACUGAAUAUAACUCUGAGCAAGCCUCGUGUGGCAUUUCGGCAGGGCCCUGUGAACAUUGUCUUUGCCAUUCAGGAUACAUAUGGAUUCUUGAAUGGAUCUGAAAUCAGUGAGCUGCUGAGGAACCUGUCUGUGGUGGAGUUCAGUUUCUACUUGGGCUUUCCUGUGCAGCAAAUUGCUGAACCCUUUCAUUACCCUCAACUCAAUGUGUCUCAAUUGAUGAAAUCUUCUUGGGUGAGAACAGUUCUCUUGGGUGUUGUCAACCAGCGAAUUCAGGAGGAAGUGUUUCAGGCUGGGAUGGAGCGGAAAUUGGCUCAGCUGUUAAAUGAGGCUUUGACCGGAGGGCGAAUAUGGAAACGAGCCACGUUUGCCGGCAGCAACGUUGUGCAGAUUGUCAACGUGUCACGGCUAGUGGGUGCUGAUAACCCUGUAGAACUGAUCUAUUUUGUGGAAGAUCAAACUGGAGAGAGGCUCAGCGCUGUAAAGUCUUCAGAUCUGAUUAACAGAGUUGACAUCCAGAGAGCCGCUAUCAUUCUUGGAUACCGCAUUCAAGGCGCAGUUGCACAACCUGUGGAUAAAGUGAAAGAGUCAUCGUCCGAGUCUCAGAAUAACAAUCUGUGGAUUAUUGUUGGUGUGGCAGUCCCAGUGGCUGUGGUGCUACUUAUCAUUAUUAUUUUAUACUGGAAGCUCUGCCGAACAGACAAGUUGGAGUUUCAGCCAGACACCGUGAGCAAUAUCCAGCAGCGACAGAAGCUACAAGCCCCCAGUGUGAAGGGGUUUGAUUUUGCUAAGCAGCAUCUGGGCCAGCACAACAAAGAUGACAUCCUGAUCAUUCAUGAGCCAGCUCCUCUUCCAGGACCUAUUAAGGACACUACCCCUUCUGAAAAUGGAGAUGUGCCAAGCCCCAAAUCAAAGACCGCUUCAAAGCCUUCAAAGAAUGUUCGACACAGAGGGAGAGUUUCCCCUUCAGAUGCUGACUCCACAGCGAGUGAACAGUCCAGUGGGAGAGAGACAGGGGAAGAAACCGCAAGACCAUCAACCACUGCCAAUGAGGGCAAACCACGCAGAGCUCCAAAGAGUGGAGCAAACAGAGUGGGACCUCCGCAGACCAGUAGUGGAAACGAGCAGCACUCCUCAGCCUCUAUCUUUGAGCAUGUGGACAGGAUGUCUCGUUCCUCAGACGCAAGUAGACGGGUCCCCAGCAAGAUUCAGUUGAUUGCCAUGCAGCCAAUCGCAGCCCCUCCCGCUCAGAACCCAGCACUGUCUGACCGAGUAGCAGAGUCCAACAAAAUUAACAAAGAGAUACAAACAGCUCUGAGGCAUAAGUCUGAGAUCGAGCAUCACCGCAAUAAGAUCCGUCUUCGAGCCAAGCGCAAAGGCCACUAUGAAUUUCCAGUUGUGGAUGAUGUGAUUGUUGUUGACGCCAAAGAGCAGCAUAAAAUAUACCGCAAAGCGCAGAUGCAGAUUGACAAGAUCUUGGACCCUGGAGGCAACGUGCCUACUGUUUUUAUAGAACCCAGGAAGAGUUCACGUGCAAAACGUUCUCCCAAGCAGCGUCGGAGACAUCAGAUAAAUGGAAGCCCUAUUGAUGCUGAGAAGGACAGGCUAAUCACCACCGACAGUGAUGGGACAUACAAAAGACCACCAGGAGUCAAUAAUUCUGCAUAUAUUUCUGAUCCUGACCUGCCUGCAGAACCACAGACACCUUCUUCUCUUGAUCUCGGGAAGUACCCAGGCUUGCCUCCCCACCCAGCCUCUCAGUACAUCCCUCCACAGCCAUCCAUUGAAGAGGCCCGGCAGACCAUGCACUCUCUCUUGGAUGAUGCCUUUGCCCUGGUGGCUCCCAGUAGCCAAGCAGCCAGUUCCACUGCCAUCACAUCACCUGGGGUCUCUGCGGGACAGCCGGUAAACAACACUCCUGCUCGAGCAGGGAGGGGAACCACAUGCCCCCACUGGGGAUCACCAUAUGGUCCAGCCCAGGCAGUAAACAACCCAUUUAGUAGAUACGUGGAAUUUGGAAUGACUCCUCCAACAGCGCCGGGUCUGCUGCAGAGGCAAAGUUUUGGCCCGGGUUUCCUUCAGCCUGCAGAGUUAAUGCACCCAGACCAGCAACAAUCUGAUGUUCAGUAUUCCUCCAGAGGGCUAUACCCAGAAGAAAUGCCAUCGGUGGCACGGCCACGACCAGUAGGAAGCACUGCAGGUUCUCAGAUACAGCACCUCACUCAGGUGGGAAUUGCUAGCAGAAUCGGAGCCCAACAAGUGGAGAUUCCCUCAGUCAGAGCAGGGCAUGGCCAGCCGGGGGGACCAGGGUGGCCCCACUAUCGUGGAGAGGAUGAAUGUGCUAGGAGAGAUGCAACACACAUGUAUGGACAUCAAGAAUAUUCUUCCUCACCAGUAUUCCAGAUGCAGAGGACUUCGGCCAGACAGCCUUCAGCACCACCUGCUCAUCUUCCACACAGCAGCCUUCAGGGACAGGGGCUCUGCUACACCACCAGUUCCAAUGAGGACCUCCAAACUGGUCACUCCUCGGCAUCUCUCAUAAAAGCAAUUAGAGAGGAGCUUCUGCGACUCUCACAGAAACAGACAACAGUUCAGAACUUUCACAGCUGAUUUGUCAUGCUCUUGCAAAUCUGCCAGGUAUCUGCUUCCUAUGGAAGCAAGACUCAAAGGAAAUCAGCAACGUUUUUCUUCUGUCAUCAGAGUAAACUUCCACAGCGCCAGAGAUUACACUUCAGAAAAGAGCAGCAACAGAAGGAGAAAGAGAGAGAUUUGUGUGGAGGCAGGGAGAGGGAGGCCAAAGUGGUAUUGUCAGAGCUGGCUAUCCUGCUUAAUCUGUUAGCAUUACUGUGCCCCUCUUUGGUUUGAUCUAAUGAACAAAAUAAAACUUUAGGUCAAAAGCUAACCCUAAAAAAACACACGCGCGCACACAAAACCCCCACCAAGAAUAGUAGACGGUGAGACACCUUGCUUAAAGAAGAAGGCAAAGCUUUCCUGUUACCAGCAAGAUGGACUGAAUUAACAUUUGAUGAGAGAUUACAAGAAUUCUAACCUCUCCAGUGUUUUUAGUGAAGUGGCUCGUGUUGCUGCUUUGCGGGAUUACAAACUAUAUAGGAUCGGAGACAUUGAAGGUGUGAUCCAGAAUGGGAAAUCACCUUAAUGACAAUAACAGUAAGACUACUUAGGGGGGGAAAAAAGGAUUUCUGAGCUACUUGUAACAAACCAGAACAAUAAUUGUUAGAGCUCUGUGUUUUCAAAUGGAGCUACUCUCUGCACUCCUCCUCGUUUUUUUCUGGUGCUGAAGCUUCAAGUGUCCCUUCAUCUUCAUGUUUGCAAAGUAAAACCAUGGCCUUUUUAAAUCCAAGAAUAUAUCCGGAAACUCAUUCAGAGUGGAAAAGCAAAAUGUCCAAAAAGAAAAGGCUUGAUAUUUAUUUUGUUAAAAAUACAUUGAAAUCUAGUUGAGAAUUCUUAGUCACAGUUGAAUUUUGGAGCAUAAGUAUGUACGUUUGUUUUCUAAACAUAAAUACUCUCAUACUAUAUGCUUUCACAAGACGAGGGAUAAAAUAUACUAAUCUGUAGUUUGCUGUGUGGCCAGAAAGCAAGCCAGCGUGGGUAGGAUCACCAGCACUAGGUAUACAUUUACCAUAAACCACAGCUUACGUUGGGAUCUCAGUCAUAUCUAGUGAAACUGAAUCUUACAAAAGAUAAAACUUGGGGCAAAGACAUUUAGAAUAUUAACAUAAGCUUAGAUUUGUUGUUUGAGACCGUUAUUUUAUUUCUAUCUGUUCCUACUGUCCCCAUGGAUGAAGGGGCACAGUAAUGAUGGUACAUGUCUUGGAGUGUCUGUCAUUAUUUUUCCAGAGUUUAAUUUACAAUUAGCUAUGAGUUUACUAAUAUUUGGCCAUUGCACAAUUGUAACCUGCAUAAUACAAGUGAAAAUUAUGACUAAA